UGUUUUUUUAUAACUCAUUCUUUGAUAAUUCGUGGAUUGGAUCCUUUGGAUUAUUGUAGUUCACAAUUUUUUCUGUUUGAAAAAUGCAAAGAGAUCAAAUAACAUUUUGACUGAAUACAAUCAAUUUGACAAUUCUAUCUGCAAGCACAAAAUAGCAAAAUUUUUGAUAUUUAACUAAGGCCUUGGUAGGAGGCGAAUAAUGAACACUGAAAACCGCUACCCUGUGACGGCAUCUCUCUUCAUGCUUCGAGAGAUAAAGCGCCGUCAAGAGCAAGUCAACCGUGGCUAUCAGUUAUUGAAACGAAAGACCGAAGCCCUACGUUUGAGGGGGCGACAGGCAGCCGCAGAACUAGCUGCUACUCAAGGUGUCCUAGGACAUAUUCUGAGAGAAGCUUAUAUUUCACUUGCAGCCGUGAAGUUUACUAAUGGCGAGAGCAAUGCUAUGGUUUUAGAAAAUAUCGGGGAGGCUCAAGUCCGAGUACUGAGAAUAAAUGAAAACAUAUCAGGCGUGGCUACGGUCUCCCUUCAAGCUGUGGAAGACCCCACCGCCAGCGAUGCUUUGCGCUACGCAGGGCUUGGAGCUGGCGGUCACCGCACCAGUGAAGCGAAAAAGGCCUUCAGAGAAGCCGUAAGGAUACUGAUCAAGUUUGCUUCCUUGAGGAACACCUGCAUUUUGUUGGAUGCAGCUAUUAAAACGACUUUAAGAAAAGUAAAUGGCAUCGAAAAGGUGAUCAUGCCAAAACUACAAAAUACUGAACGUUAUAUUUUAAUGGAAAUGGACGAGAGAGAGAGAGAAGAAUUUCACCGCCUGAAGAUGGUAAAGGCUAAGAAAAUACGCACACGCGCCUUACAAGCUUUGAAACAGAGUCGCAUUAUUGGAGAUGGUAUGGAAUUCAAGUAUUACCUACGUAUAUUCGUAUUACCUGAACUAUUCCUAGUAGGUAGAUACAUUACCAGUGUACAUUAUCUAGCUUCAGAGAUCCCAAACGCGCCAUCAUCAACACGCCUUCGAACGUUGGUCAUCGAGUGCGUCACAGGGAUAUUACAUCCCGGGCCGCUCUCUACACAUUCGUCAUCUUCUGGUGACUUCAGGGUUCCACCCUGCUUGCCGCAUAAUUGGGAUGAUGAUGAUUUGCUAUUUUAACCCUUAUGAUGGUGGAGUAACACAAGCCUGUGUGGACCAUCUUAGGUCCCUUUAGCAUUUUGCCAGCGCAGGUUUAAGGAAUGAAUUUUCCGCAGCUUCAUGGAACAAUUUAUACGUCAAAUUUCAUACAGACAUUGCUGUAAUAUGGUACUCAAACACUUUUGAAACUAAAAGCGAAUUUACGACUUCCUU